GCGGGCGGGGGCGGGGCCAGCCGCCGGUUGCUAAGACUUGCGAAGCGCCGCGCUCCCGCCGGUCUCCCCAGGUGGCCGCAGGCUUGGGCCCUGCCCAGUUGGCACCGCGAAAAUGUCAGGGAAGGAGCCCAAUUUCCCGCCGCUGCCCCGCUUCGUGCCCCUGAAGCCCUGCUUCUACCAGAACUUCUCCGACGAGAUCCCCAUCGAGCACCAGAGCCUGGUGAAGCGCAUCUACCGCCUGUGGCUGUUCUACUGUGCCACCCUCGUGGUCAACCUGGUGGCCUGCCUGGCCUGGUGGAUCGGCGGCGGCUCGGGGGCCAACUUUGGCCUGGCACUGCUCUGGCUCCUGCUCUUCUCGCCCUGUGGCUAUGUGUGCUGGUUCCGGCCCGCCUACAAGGCCUUCCGGGCCGACAGCUCCUUCAACUUCAUGGCGUUCUUCUUCAUCUUCGGUGCCCAGUUUGUUCUCACCGUCAUCCAGGCCGUGGGCUUCUCGGGAUGGGGCGCAUGCGGCUGGCUGGCGGCGAUCAGCUUCUUCCAGAACAGCGUGGGGGCGGCCGUGGUCAUGCUGCUGCCCGCCAUCAUGUUCUCCAUGGCUGCCGUGGCCAUGGCGGUGCUGAUCGUGAAGGUACACAGAAUCUACCGGGGGACCGGUGGAAGUUUCCAGAAGGCACAGACCGAAUGGAGUGCCGGCACUUGGCGGGACCCGCCCUCGCGGGAGGCCCAGUUCAACAACUUCUCGGGGAGCAGCCUGCCCGAGUACCCCACCGUGCCCAGCUACCCGGCCAGCGGUGGCCAGUGGCCUUAGAGAGCCCCGCGGGGUCGCGGCCAUCUCGCACGCACUGCCCAGGCGCCCCGCUGGCUCCCAGGAUGCCGGCCCCCAAGACUGCCUCUCCCCUGGGGCCUCCUGGCAAGCAGGACCCCCUGUCCAUCCGCAUCCCCCCUCUGCUCCCAGGGACCGGGCACUCGGAUGGCUGCAGGACCCCGUUCUGUUGGGGCAGGGGUGACGCCGGCGCGCCCCCACUGUGCCAACGUCAGCUGGUGGGUGACACUCGUGUGCCUUAAUGAGGAAUCUCGACCCCGGGGCCCUCUUCCCCGCCUCCCCUCCGUGCGCCCCACCCCUGGGCUUCCCCAGCACCGGGGUCCCCGGAAGAACUGGAAAACCUUCUGGAAGGCCCAGCCCUUGCUGGCGGGCCUCGCUGUUGCAGGGGUAUGGACGGAGCGAGCCUUGUGUACCCCCAGCCCCUGUCCUCUCCCCACGCCCUCCCAGGAGCCUCCCCGGCGGCCCCAGCGUCUCCCCUGCUCAGACCUGCCGGGGUCGGCUCCUUGUGCCAUGCACUGCUCGGGCAUGAAGGGGCCAGGGUCCCUGAAAGGGGCAGGCGGGCCUCCGGGAUGAAAGAACCAAGCCGUGGGGCCCCGGCCCCCGAGAAUGGCGGCCAAACCUGGUGCCCUGGUACCACCCCCACGGGACGAGCUGUUCUCCAGGCUUCAGCUGGGUGCCAAGCAGGUGUCCGCAGCGGGCGCUCGUGGGCAGGUGCUCACAGUGGGGGGUUCGCGGGCAGGUGUUCAUGGCAGGUGUUCACGGCAGGCUGGCCCGGCCCCCUCCUGAGUCCUCCCCCAUGGACUUUGCGCCUUUGUUACAGUUUAGUGGUUUUGUUACUGAAAACA